AUGUCUGAUUCCCAAAAAAUAGUUGGCAUUGUAUUCUCCAAACUAGAAAGCAAACGUUCUCAUCCUACUUACAUAGUUGAAACCAAGGCUGGCAAUCUCAUCUAUAGACAAGCUGCCAAUCUGCCCUCUGAAUAAAUUGAAAAAUUUAACCUUAUUUUCAGUAAGCAAAUCGCAGAUAAAUUGUAUCCCUCCCAAGACAAGAGACUAUUCUACAAAGGCACUGAAUUGGAUCUCCCAGAUGUCCAGUUUGAUGAUGAUAGUGACGACGGCUCCAAGUCCACUAAAUAACAAUGUAAUUGUCAAUCAAAACAAACAACUAAAUUCACUAAACAAACACCCAAUGUCUAAUCCUAUCAACCAUUGUAGCUUCCUUCCAAAUCAACCAUUAAACUCUCCUCCACUACCAUCCUAACAUACGAAAAGAUUGAUGGAGAAUUUAAACAAGCUAGUAGAAUUGAUUGCAAUCUCAUUAAAGACAUUAAAAAUUGGGAACAAGCCAAGAUCAGCAAGAAGAAACAAGUAAUGCUCUGUAUUUCCAACGAUUCCUAUGUGAAAUUAGCUGAUUUGAGAUUCAAGAACCCCUCCCUGGUCCUUGAUUAUGUUUUGAAUAACUGUAUACUCGUUAAAUGA